AUGCAAAGACAACUGUUCACUGGUAUCCAACCCAACAAAUACUGCUUACAUCCCCUUCCACUGCUCUGUACAACAACACAACAAUCAUUAAACUGUAACACCCUUUCGGUGCCUGGCUGCCACGCCACCCGAAAGAAGCUCUUGGCUUUAGUUAGUUCCAGGCUGUCCAAGCCUAGACAGGCGAAGUCGAAAUGCCGAGGUUGGGUUCGAACCAUGGACCUUCUGUUUGGUGUUAAAAUAGUCAGAAUUACCAGUCGCAUGUGUGUUCUGAUGCAGGUCUCUCGCGGCUCUCGAAUGAGGGAAAGCGCAAAUCGAAUACUAUACUAUGGCUGUGCUAUGUAUCCAUCUAUGAAGGCUUCUGCCCAGUGCUCUACACAUUGGUGUCAAGUGGAAGCCAGCGAUACAGCGGCGAAGCGAUCUGUACAUGAGAACAAAAAAGGCUCGCAUCAGCAAAAUCUGCUUGAGAUUCAUCCUGUUAGUCCCGUUCUAAAUGAACUCGGGAUACUUCCAGAUGACCCUGAACCCAUCAACAUUCCUACUGUUCAGUUGUCGAGUGCUUCCGGUGACGGUGAAGAACUGCUGCAACUUCGUCUUGAUCAGAUAGCGACUGCGAUCGACAAACAGAAGCAGUUCAACUUAGAGAUUCGUGAACGUGAACGUGAAAUAAGUGAGCUGAAAACAGCCCUUUCUGAUCUACGGUUGUGUCUGUUGCAAGAGAGGGAACACGUGCUCACACUCUACGCGGAGAAUGACCAAAUGAAGAUACGUGAGAUAAACAAUGAACGUAAAAUACGACGACUCCUGCGGCUAUCUAGUUUGAGUCCCGACUCGCAACUAUUCUUCUUACGUGAGUAUGGUGGGCCUGCGGGGGACACUGGUGGAAAGCAAGAGAACCUUGUUGACCUGCUCAACAACUUACCCAAACCAAAAGAGGGUGUUGUAGAAUUCACUCCUUCCGGCGAAACCGUCAGAAAACUGAAUGCUUCUGGGCUCAUUAAUUUUCAACCUGGCAAUGCCUCAAGUCAUGCAGUCCCUUGCACUAAUUCGCCCGUAUCCGAACUCGAGUACGAGGCUGUGGUUGGUGAAACCGAGUUAACCAAGGUUAACUUGUGGUCAUUGCGUACCCAGCUGAUCGAACAGACACGACUUGCGAAGGAACAACUGAACAGUCUAUUAGAUGAAAGACAUGCCAUUUUGGAAGAGGCAAAGAAUACCAAGAGGCAGUGUGAGGAGAAGUUGCGUCUGACACAGGAGCAGUUGACGCAUUUGCAAACUCUGCUCCACGACAGCGCCAGUGAUUUUUUGGCACGAAUAAAGCAGUUCCGGCUGACGGAGAAAGCUUGGAAGGCGGAGAGGGAGAAAUCGUUGAACCGGUUUCACACAAGCAUGGCUGUUUCAGAUGUAGGUGUUCACCAUGGCUCCCCGCACUUCGUGAGAUCGAAGCAGUUAACACCAGCAACGAGGACACAGAGUCGAGAAUUGUGCACUUUGGCUGGGAUACUCGAACUGGAGGGGGAACUUGUCCGUAGUCGUGAGGAGGUCGCUAUGUUGAAAGAUACUAUGAAGCAACAGUCGGAAAAGUUGACACAGCGUUGGCGCCUAAUGUCUAAUCGUUGUCGUGAGUUGGAACGGCGGCGUCGGUUUGAAAUGCAGGGACAUAGGACAGACAUCGACAUGUUGCGGAAGAAGCUUAAAGGAGUGGAAAAGCAACUUUUGCAGCUCUCCCUCGACGACUACAACAAUGAUGGACACCCGGCAAUGCCGUCACAAGAUAUGGAUAUUGUCUUUCUCCGACAAGUUAGAGCUUCAACUGCCAAGUCGAUUCGCCUCAUGAGUGAACUGAAAAAUCUGAAAUUGAAAAUGUAUACAUUGGAAGAUGAAGUGCGGAAAAUAUAACCCCUUCUCACUUUAUCAAUCGAAUCGACAUCAGCCACAACUUGUCUGGGUCCCUCUCAACACGUUCCCUAACUUCCACAUAAUUUUUGCCCUGAAGCAAUGCAUUUGUUCCGUCCAUCAGUUGUUUUUUGUCGAAUUUUCACAGCGCUAAGGACACGUUCCGCUCAAUCCGUUCUUGUUUUCUACGUCUGGUCAAUUCCUUACAGUUACUGGCUGUGUAAUUGGUCUUUCAUUU